CUCAGUGCUCAGUGUACAGUUUGUUUUAGUCUUAUAUGACACAAUGGCUUGUUUUAAAAACAUAGCGAGCUCUUUAGCCUAUAUAGCGUAUUCUGACCAUUACAUGCCCGUUCUGAGUUUUCUAUGUAGAUCAGCUCACUAGGUUUUGAGACACCGCCAGUGUCUAUGCAGGGACGACAGUCUGGGCUAACAGCAACCGAGUGAGAUUAUUUAUCUAUCGCAAACUAGAAGCACUCCAUGGUCCAAAUCCUGGCUUUUGUUGGAAUUGCCAGGCAUGCGGAUCAGGCUGCAGGGCUCUGGCCACGCGGCCCGUCUCCUCUCCGAGCUCAACCGCUGCCGCCUGUCUCGUGUCCUGUGCGACAUCGUCCUCCAGGUCGGAGGCCGUUCCUUCCCGGCUCAUCGCGUGGUGUUGGCGUGCUCUUGCACACACUUUAGCAGCCUCUUCUCCAGAGGUUCCAGCAACCAAGGUGCCGUUCCCACCACCUUCUCUCUGGACUUUGUUUCUGCUGCCAAUUUCGAGAAAGUCUUGACUUUUAUCUACACGGGUGAGAUUUUCACGGACUUGAUUGAUGUGGGUGUGCUGUAUGAGUUGGCAGAAAGGCUUGGUGUGAGGGAGUUGGUGAACGCUUGCCAUGCCACCUUUCCUGACCUGCAGAGCUCCAGCUCUGGAGACCCAGUUGCUGAAGGGGAUUUGGAAAGCGAUAUGGUAUCAGUCAAUCCCGUGGCUGCGUCUGUCUGCUCGUCCUCUGUAACCUCCUGCUCCUCGUUGUCUUCUUCAGCCGCUCCUACACCUGUAACUCCAUCUCCGGUUUCUCAAGGCAGGAACGGCAGGUUGAAUCGCUCCCACUUGGCCACCCAGUCGCCAAAAAAUGAAGACUUGCAGAUACAUUUAGGUUACAAUCAACAGGUUACCAACAAGCCGAAUCCUUUGGACAGUAACCAUUCUACAGACGCUCUUCCUGGCCUGACUUUGCAGCUUAAAACCGAGCGGGAGGAUGAAGAAGAGGAUGGAAGAAGUAACUCAGUGCACCAGCUUGUUGUCAAUGGUAGCAAAUCAACAUUUGGGCCUCAGGAACAAUGUUCUGUCCCUGAUUCUUCAGCCCAGCUUGGAGGUGAAACCUGCGCACCUUCGUCAUCCUCCAGUGAUCCAUUAGACAGUUUGCAACUGGGGGCCGUUACGGGACCAAUCAAAGAUUCAGAUUUUUUUGAGGAAGAUCUUUCUAGCAAGAGGAACCAACUACAAGAGCAGACGGAGGGCGGCGAUCAUUGGCAAGGACUUUCAGAGGACAUCAUUGAGCUGAGCGAUGAGGAGGAGCACUUCAUUGUUGAGGAAGAGGACGACGAGGACUUGAUGUGCAUAGAGAAUGGUGAAAACGAGGCAUGUCUCGGACAACUGCCAUCAUCGCAGCCAUGCAAGUCAUGUGGGAUGAUGCUUCCGGCGGAAAACUCCGUCAUACAAACUCACGCUGAGACGCACCUCUCGGAAACUGGUUCAUGUCAGGUGUGUGGCGCCUCCUUCUCGGACCGCGCUGCUGCUGUUGCUCAUGCCCUCACACACGUGGGCAUCUUGCUCUUCUCCUGUGACGUUUGCGAGCAUCAGUUUCGGACUGAAUCCGCACUGAUCCAGCACAGACGUCAGUCAGCUGCUAAGUGCGCCCCUCAAAAUCCAGACCAACUGAACGGAUCCUCCCAACGACAAGGAGGGGAACUGCAGUGCACCAUCUGUGCUAAAUCUGUGGUGAAUGAUUUUAAGGCUGUCAGGGACCACGUUCAGAGCCAUGCAUGCUUGAGUACAUUACGCUGUGGAGUGUGCCAGCUGUCUCAGCCCUCUCGAUGCGCCCUCCUGUGGCACACACUGACACACCUCUUUCCUAUUUACACCUGUCCACAAUGCGCCAGCCCCUUCCUGGAGAGCGCGCUGCUGGAAAGACACCUGUCUCUACACACAGAGGAAGGAGCAUCGGCGAAACCGGCCGAGGGCAGCCCAGAGACCAGCGGAGAAGGCCAGGCCGAGCUGCGCUGCUUCCUGUGUCCACAGACCUUCCGCUCGGAAACCGCGUUUCAUUACCAUCUCAGCGUGCAUUCGAACGAGCUCCAGGGCAGCCAGGUAUGGCCAGCCAAACGCAAGGUGGACCAGAUCCUCGAAUACUCCUCAUCCUCCUCUUCGCCAAUGGAAGCGAGCGGCCCAGGUAAAACAGGUUACAACUUAAGCCUAGGCUUCAACUUGCAGGACAAAAUGGCUCACGGCGGUGCCCCGUUUCCUGCCGGACUUGUACUGAACGGCAACUCUGGUGGCGGAACGGGGCUUAGGGAAAAAUUGUAUCGCUGCCGAUAUUGUGGUAAGCAUUUCGCACACUCGGGCGAGUUCACAUACCACCUUCGUAUCCACACGGGCGAGAAGCCCUACCAGUGCAAAGUGUGCAUGCGCUUCUUCCGUGGCCGUUCCACCAUGAUCUGCCACCUAAAGACGCACUCGGGUGCCCUCAUGUACCGCUGCACCGUCUGCGGCCUGUUUUUCUCCACACUUAAGAUGGUUUCCUCGCACAUGGAGCUCCACAAAGACCAGCUGCCACCUGAUUUCAACAUCGAGGAGACCUUUAUGUAUAAUGACCACUCUAAAGAGCCCAUCCCUAACAUGGACACCUGAAACUCGCCCUCUCUAAACGCUCCGUAAAAAUGUGUGCCCACGUUUACUUAGUCAGUACGUUGAGGGGGAAUGACAGUAGACUUAGAAUUUAAAGUGCCCCUUUUAUGGAUUUUUGAACAUUACAUUUCAUGCAGUGUGGGAAGUCGUGGCCUAGUGGUUAUAGAGUUUGACUCCUAACCUUAGGGUUGUGGGUUCGAAUCUUGGGCCGGCAAUACCAUGACUGAGGUGCCCUUGAGCAAGGCAUCGAACCCCCAACUGCU